GCUUUGAGGAGUAUCUGUUUUCCAGAACUGCUGUCUGACUUAAUGACUCCAAGCAAGUUGUAGAAAAAUUGACAAAAUUUGUGAUUUAAGUUUUAUCUUACACAUUUUUGUCUGAUAUAAUAAUAAACCUUAUUGUAUAGAACACAGAAAAACAAGCAAACCCUACAUUCAAAACAAACAAAAGAUGGAGUCGGUGCAGGGAUGACAGGAUCCGUGAAAUAUGAUCCUGUUUCUUUGUUCCAGUUAGAAAGCUGGCAGCCGAUAUUUGAAUGAGCCUUAAACAGGAUUUAGAGUUUAUUUUACAGUCUGAUUGUUUUAUGUGCUUUAUACAUUCAUUCAUUCAUAUAUGACAUGUCAAUUUCAGAAAAAUACUCUUGACUUAACUUAAAACUACAUGGCCAAGCCUUAAUCCAUGAAGGCCAUUUUAUCAGAGAGUUUGGUGCAUUUGGUGAAAAAGCAGCAUCUGGGCCACCUUGAAAUGAUGAACUGAGGUUUGCCUCCAGUGACCUCCUGUGUGUCCCCUUCACUGGUAACACGCCAAAAGGUAAUCGAGAACAAUGGAGGGAGGGAACUUCGGCUACUCCCGAGACUAUCUGGACCGCUUCAUCCAAAGCCAAGACUCAUCUGUGGUGAACAAGUUCCAGCAGAAGUACUGGAAAACCAAACAGACGCUCAUCAAGGUCACCGGGAAGAAAGAGGACGAACAUGUGGUGGCCUCAGAUGCAGAUCUGGAUGCAAAGCUGGAGGUCUUCCACUCCAUCCAGAGAACAUGCAUGGAGCUGCUAAAAGUCAUCGAGCAGUACCAGAGGAGGAUCUGCCUUCUUUCUCAGGAAGAGAACGAGUUGGGUCGUUUCCUGCGCUCACAGGGCUUGCAGGAUAAAACCCGGGCAGGAAAGAUCAUGCAGGCCACAGGGAAAGCGCUCUGCUUCUCCUCCCAACAGAGACUGGCUCUGAGGAACCCUCUGUGCCGUUUGUACCAGGAGGUCGAAACGUUUCGCUAUCGAGCCAUCUCGGACACGUGGCUGACGGUGAAUCGAAUGGAGCAGUCCAGGACUGAAUACCGUGGAGCGCUGCUUUGGAUGAAGGAUGUAUCUCAGGAGUUGGAUCCAGAUACACAUAAACAGAUGGAGAAAUUCCGCAAGGUUCAAGCCCAGGUGCGCACGAGCAAAACAAGCUUUGACAAACUGAAGAACGAUGUCUGCCAGAAAGUAGACCUGCUGGGAGCCAGUCGUUGCAACCUCCUUUCUCACGUUUUAACCACAUACCAGACGACACUUUUGCACUUCUGGGAGAAGACGUCCCACACUAUGGCAGCCAUUCACGAAAGCUUCAAGGGCUGUCAGCAUUAUGAGUUCUCCACACUGAAGACCUUACAGGACCCCAUGGACAAGCAGGCUAAGAAGAAAGGGAAGAAGAAAAUGAAAGCAGAGACGGAAGACAGAGAGAAAGCCGAGAGCACAGACGACCAACUCAUCUCACUGGUAAAUGAAAACACCAGCGAUAAGACAAAAGAAGGGAAAGAAGAUCCUCUCUCUGCCUGUCCAGACGUGGAGGAAGAGGAGAAGGACAACAUGGCCUUACUGAACGAGAUCCUGGGCAGUAUGUCUGUGGACGACGGCGACUUCUCUCGAGAGUGGACCCAAGUGUUUGGAUGCACCGAGGAGGGAACGAGCGCCGUGUCAGGUAGACCGGCGGAGGCCCAGCCAAAGGAAAACUCGUUCUUUCUACCAUCGCAGCUGCUGGACCAGAGCUUAAACAAUCCACAGUCUUCCCUCUCAGAUUGGGCCGGGAUCGUUCCGCAGCCCGAGCGCUCAUCUGGAGCCAAUCAGAAUCCGUCUAAGCCAGCAGUGAAAGGUACGAGCAGGAAAGCAUGUGAAAAACUCAUUGGACAGAGACAUGUCCACCUGUGUUUAUGGGUGUCGUUUCCAGUCACAGAGCUGGAUCUCAUCCAGAUGUUGUCCUUUAUGGGACAGAGGGAGGUGUUUAUAUUUCAGCAUGUUUGUAAAUGUACAGCCGAGUGUCUCAGCAGCUUUUAUCCUUUGUUAAUUCAUUUUACAGAGACGACGGGGACGUCCAAAGACCUCUCAGCGUGGUUCGACCUGUUCGCUGACUUGGACCCCCUCUCCAAUCCCGACGCGGUCGGCAAAACCGACACGGAGCAUGAACUUCACAACGCGUAGUUCUUCCUCGGCCUCGUGGUGGUCUGAAAUGGGUUCAGCAGAAUACAGCUGCCACUUCUCUUUAGCAAAUAUUAGUCAAUUAAUCAGCACAUCAAAUCAUUUUGGUAAAUGAUCAGCUAUUUCCAGCGGAGGGAAGAAGUAGCAAGUAGUGCAAGUAGCAAUACCACAGUGUAUAAAUACUCGGUAACUUGCAAAUUAAAAGUCAGAAAGUACAAAAUUCUAAGCAUACUUAAAGUACCAAAACCAAAAGGCCAUUUUCCUUAUAAAUAUUAAAUUAUCAGAUUAUAAUCACUGAUGCAGUCAUGUUUUCAUCUAAUGUUGCAGCUGUUAAAGAUGGAGCAAAUUGUAAUUGCUUUAAAAUUACUAGUAUAAGUAUCUCAAAAUUGGACUGAAGUACAGUAACUGAGUAAAUGUACUCAGUUAUUCUCCACCACUGGUUAUUUUCAAACAAAAAUGCUAAAUAUUUGCUGGUUCGAGGAACCUCCAAUUUUCCAAAUGUGCUUUUCUUAAUCAGAUGCGGUUGUAAACUUUGGGACUUUUAUACUGUCAGAAAAGCAAGCAAAUUCAAUAUGUCAAACUGGGAAUUUUCUCUUAUCUUUUUAGAGAAAACAGUUAAUUGGAAAAAUAAUCAGCAGCCUAAUCAGUCAUGGAAUUUAUCAAUAGUGGCAGCCUUCACAGGAUCUUUUUCCUGUUAUAACAACAUAUGAAAAGCUCAUGAGAAGACGUGUGUAUUACAAAAAGAUACUUUAAAUGCCAUAAUAACAAGAAAAGUUAGUAAAACAGAAAAGGCUGGGAGGUACAAUUUAAUGUCAUGAAAGUAUCUUAUUAUUAAAGCAGGACGCAUAUCUUGUUAUACUAAGACACAACUUCCUGUUAUCACAUGAAACAGAUCUGAUUUUAUCGUCUCAUGGUGGCAGCGUUACGCUGCUCUAAAUGUCUCACUAACAACCACCAGCUCUCGUCCUUUCUAUUGUGAAAGAAAUGAAACAUUUACAGUACGAGCCCGUUGGCGGUUUCGCUGGGUUGAACAUUUAACGCUUAGCACGGAUACCUCAGUAUGAGAUUGGAGCCAUAAGCCUUUGACAUGAGCUGCCUUGGAAAUCGCUCGUCUUGAGUAGCAUUCAUGCUUUCUUUAUGAUCAUCAUUACUGAUGACCGCAACCAGGCAAAAAAUAAAUAAACAAAUAAAAAUAAAACUGCACUGCGAGACACAACGGUGGAAAGAAGGCAAACACAACAAAGACGACUGUGCAAUAGUUUGUGUUAUCUAAAUAUGCUGAGUGAAGUUAUAAGAAAUAUUCAAAAACAAAACAUACGUUUAUUAUUUUUUGUAAGCAGGUUAACCAAUUUAAUUACUACUAUUUCACAAAAUAUUUGUGAGGAUGAACUGGAGACAUCUGGAUGCGGUUUCUUUUUAAAAGAUUUAUGGUUUUACUUGUUUGCUACAUGCUGUUUUUGUGAUCCUCUUUUGAGUCCAUUCCAGAACUGAAAAUCCUCAUGUGACACGUCCACUUCUGCAUGUUGCAUGCCUCGUUUUCUGCCAUCCGGCAACAGUGUGACUGAAUGAAGAACAUGUUUAUGUGAGAUUUUGAGAUCAGAGUAAAUGCCUUAAUCUAAUCAAAAGUCAACAAGAUAGAACCUCAUAAUUAUUACUGGAUUCUUUAUGAAGUAUAUUACAAGAGUGAAUUUAUUUUGUUGUAACUUAGUUUUGUGUCAUUUUUGAUGUUAAAGCCAUGUGACAUUUGUUAAUAUUUAAUCAUAACCAAAUACAUUGAUUGCCUUACCUUGACUCCUAUUUAUAUACGUAUAAAUGCUUCUGAAUAAUGAUAUUAAUUGAUGUGUCUGCCGAUGAUAAGAUUACAUGCCAUUCCACAAAGAG